UGAAAACAAAAACAAACUCUUGUUUGUUGUAUUUUGUAUAAUAAUUUGUAACUUGAGUUUUGUGUUUAUUGUAAUUCUAUUUUUAUAACUUUGAAAAAUGUUUUCAUAGUUUGAAUUUGUGUUUUUCAAUUUAGUUGAACUAUUAUUUUGUGUCUGCUGUAUUGACUCUACUAUUUUCUAAUUUCUUCUUUUUGAUAAUCUGAACCUGAAGUAGUAUUCCGAAUUGCAGAAAUGAAAAAAUUGUCUCAGAAAAAAGGUGCCAAAGAAGAUCCUAAGCAAUCAAAAAUAUCAAAUUUCUUUGCGGCUCCGAAAAAUGGAAAGAAUGUAACAUCGACCGGAAGCAACGCAUCUACAUCUUCUCAAGUAAAUUAUAAAGUUGAAGAUAUUGAAGAUGAUAUCAAAUUUCCGCUCACCCCUCCAAUAAGCCAAAACAUAAUACAACCCAGUGAGGCUGGUAAGACUGUGAGCAUCAAGUCUCCUUUAAAAAAGAAGAGUGACAAGGAGAAUAGUGUUGAGGAGAGUGUAAAGGAAAAUCUGCUGAUCUUGAGCCCUGAAGAGAUCCCGCCUACGCCGCCGCAACCCCUUAUUCCAACAUCAAGAGCUGGCAACAAAGGAGUGAAACGAAAAUGUGAAUUUCCUGCUUCAAAAAAUUGUAAUAAAAAUGUAAAUGAUGCUUCUGUUGUUCACGCUAAAAAGAUUCCGAAAAAUGUAAAAGUAGAGUCUUCUACCGCAAGUGACAGUUCAGUCUCUCCCUCAGGUGACGGAAAUAAAAUUUCUCGGCCAGAAAAUACAUGUGAAGCCAAAGAUAGUGAGAUUGAAAAGAAAGAUAUUGAUAAUUGCAGUGAUAUGAAAGACCUCUUGUUUGAAGAUUGGGAACUGGAUGGAGCAGAAAAUAUCAGGAAUGAUUUGAACUUGGAGAAAGCUGUACGUUGCACCAUAACUAAAAUCAACUACUUACAAGGUUUACAUAAAACCGAAAUUCAUCUCAAGGACUUGAAGAGCUCCGCAGAAACUAAAUGUACUCUGGAAGGAUCAUGGUCGGGCUUGGUUUUGAGAGAAAACGACACGAUCAGCAUUGCAGCGAAGUGGGAUUCGCACGUGGGUUGGGUGGUGAGCGACCUGCAUGGCUUCGUUGUCCUGGAGCCGGACACACUCAUCUCGAGCACAGCUCUGGUUGGCUCAUUGUUCUGUAUGCGACGUGCCAUACUGGCCAACAUGUUCCGGGGGCUGGACCCAGGGUCGGACAUCAUGGUCAUGGGGUCACUAGUUCAUGAGAUAUUGCAAGAGGUGCUAGAUAGGAAAGUGCGAAGCGAAGAUGAAAUCAGAACGAUCGCCAACAACUCAAUUUCAUCCAAAAGUUUCAUAUUUUCAAUGUAUUCGUCGCAGAUGACAAUGGAACAUGUCAAGAAGCAGUUGGACUUGUUUGUUCCUCGGAUUAAAACAUUCAUAUCAACUUAUAUUCCACCUGUAGUUGGAAAGAAAAAUGAGGAUGAUUGGCAAGGAGAAAUUACAGCUAUUGAGGAUAUAGAAGAAAACAUUUGGGCCACAAAUCUAGGCUUGAAAGGGAAGGUUGAUGUCACUGUGAAGGUGAAAGUUGACAACUCUACCAAGAUUUUACCGCUGGAAUUGAAAACGGGGCGCGCCUCAAUGUCAUCUGAGCACAGGGGCCAACUCAUACUUUACGCCCUCAUGAUGACUGAGAUUGGCCAACCUGUCUCAUCUGGGCUUCUUCUUUACUUGAGGGAAGGAGUAAUGAAGGAAGUGAAAGCUGGCGUUAUGGAAAAACGAGACUUGCUUCUUCUUCGCAACGAAUUGCUGAGAUAUACGUUUGAUGGCAAAUCUGUCGAUAAAGAUGAGAAUGGUCUUCUACCCUCGCCAUGCUUACCCGAACCCAUAAAUCAUAGGAAAGCCUGCACUAGCUGUCCAUAUGUGACAAUAUGCUCUUCAGCUCUCCGGGAGUCAGGCCUUGAAAAGCUUUCAUCAGAACAUGCGAUGAAUGGAUUAGCAAUGGAAGCAACUAGCCAUUUGAAAUCGGAACACAUUCGGUUUGUUUUCCAUUGGGUUGCCCUAAUACAAUUGGAGGAAGCUGAUGGUUCUCGAAAUAAUUACUCUGUCAAGGAUAUUUGGACAUUACCCCCGGAACAAAGAGAGGCAAAUAAGAAAUGUGUGGCUAAUUUGAAAUUAGUUGAACCAGUAUUGAAAGACAGUGAACGAUACAACCAUGUGUUCAGAAGAGAGAAAGAACUGAGUGAUCUGAUUGCUUUGAACGAUUAUUUAGUUGUCAGUACCGAGAAGCGAGUUGCGAUUGCUUCAGGAUUCGUGAAAAAUAUUUCGUCUUGCGAGUUCACGAUUUCUCUUGAAAGGGACCUAAGCAGCCACAAGAACAACUACUUCUUUGUUGAUCACUAUACGUCCAACAUGCAGUUGGAUUUCAAUCUUACAAAUCUCGGCUAUCUGCUGGAAAUGACGCCACAAUCGGAUUUCCUCAGAAAUAUGAUCAUCUCGUUCCAUUUACCAGCCUUCAAGCAACUAGACGCUGACGUACUCGAGAAAAGUCAGCAAAUAAUGACAAAAUUGAACAAGUGCCAAAUGCAAGCUGUACUCCAAGCCCUAUCAACUCAACACUAUCUACUCAUCAAAGGCAUGCCGGGAACUGGUAAAACCGAAACACUGGUUACGCUGGUGGAGCUGCUGGCCAAGCUGGGGAAGAGUGUGCUGGUAACCAGCCACACGCACUCGGCAAUCGACAACAUCCUACGUCGACUGUCAGCCGAUAUCGAUAUUCUGCGCCUCGGAUCGAUAUCCAAAGUGCAUCCCGAUGUAAAGCAGUUCAGCGAACAGAAUCUGGUCUACAGCACUCCUCAACAGUUGGAGACUAUAUUCAACCGGAAGGAAGUGGUGGGAGUGACAUGCCUGGGUUCUGCGCAUGUCCUAUUGCGCAGACGACGUUUCGACGUGGUUCUUGUGGAUGAGGCGACGCAGGUUCUUCUUCCCACCACUCUGAGGCCGCUCUACGCCGCCAACCGGUUCAUCCUGGUCGGAGACCCCCACCAGUUGCCGCCUCUCGUCAGGAGUCAGCGUGCCAGUGAUCAAGGCCUAAAUCAGAGUCUGUUCAGCCAUUUGGAUCGACCAACUGUGACAGCAGUGCUGAGUGUUCAGUAUAGGAUGAAUCAGUGCAUCACCGAUUUAGCCAACGGAUUGACUUAUGAAGGAAAACUGGAGUGUGCCAACGAUGUUGUUAAAAAUGACACAAUCAAGCUUACUGAAAAGCUGGACUUCCCGUCUUGGAUGGCUCUUCCACUGUCAGAGAGUUUGGACCAAUCAGUGGUAGUGCUGGACUCUGGAUAUGUGUCAACCGCCAAAUUCAGUAACCGAAGAGAAGCGGACGUCAUUUACAACUUAGUCACAACUAUGAAAAAUGCUGGACUGGAUGCAUCGCAGAUUGGUGUAAUAGCUCCCUACCAAGAUCAAGUCUCGUUGAUCAAGAGUAAAAUGGUUGGCCUUGCCGUUGAAGUUAGCACAGUGGACACUUUCCAGGGCCGCGACAAGCACAUCAUCAUCUAUUCUUGCACAAGAUCUAGUCAUGCCAAAGAAUCUGGUCUGUUGAGCAACCAUAAUAGAUUGACAGUGGCUAUAACAAGAGCUAAGCAAAAGCUGAUAUUUAUCGGUGAUGUACAAACCUUGAAGGGCUAUUCUAUUUUUCAAAAACUAUUUUCACUAAUUGAUCCUUCGAAUAUAGUUGUACUUCCUGAUGAAAUACCCUCCUAGCAGUUAAUCGAACAAUGAGGCAAUCAGAUUCAUUUCUACAUUACCUAUAUUUAUAUUAUUUAGCACUUGGAACCGUGAUCGAUAGUGUUGUAUCUUUAGUAUUAACGUUUGUGUUAUUUAGAAUAGUCUAUAUUAUUUACUCAUUCCACCAUAAUAUUUCACUGCAUAUGUUUACUGCAGUUGUUUACUCCUAGAGAGGCUAAACUUGAAUUUUGUUUUUCAUUUUUUAAAUCUCAGUUAUUAUUAGUUAAUUUGUGUCAGUACUAAAUUAACUAUCUAUGAAUACUCAGAUAUUAAAAUCUUACGCUUAGCUAAAUCCAUCUCAACACCUGUAAACACAUCACAAUAAUUAUUGAAAUAUUUAUAAACUUAUUAUUCAAAUAGUGUUAUGUGAC